UCUCUCUCUCUCUCUCUGCGUUCAAACCCUAACCCUAAUGAAAUGGAAAGAAAAAGUCAAACAAAAACGAAACGGUUGGCUACUUGGUUUGUAGUAGGGAGGAUAGUGGGCCUGACCCAACUCCGUGACAAGAAUGAAAGAAGAUGCAGACGAAUGCAUCCUCUCCCCUCACCUUUUUUUAUCUUUCCUCUCUCUCUCAUGGGACUUCUCUGCUCUGCUCCUCCGUUUAUUUCUCUCUCCUCCCUCCCCUCUCUCUCUUGUUCUUGUGCCUUAUGAUGAUGCAAGUAAGUUGAGUUGGAUUUUGGAAUGGAAUUGAGGUGGAUUAGCUGAUGGAGAAAGGCAAUAAUAUGUAAAUAGAUGUUUGAACACACAAUCAUGCAAGAGAGAGAUAAUAUUAUAAGAUAAUGAUUUAGAGGGGGAGUAAGAAGGCUACUCUACUUUCCCCACAAGUAAAAUGUAAGAGGAAGAGGCACACAAACGCAUCCAGGUAGUGUGUUCAGCUGUGUGUUGUGCAGUGCCAAUGCCAGGGGAAGGAACAGCAAGUAUAUAAGUAAAAGAAAGAGAUUCUUAACCCAAAAUCCCACUCUUGUUGUUAUUACAACGACGGAAAUUGGAGAAUGAUGUUCACUAUUCCUGCUAUUAUUAUGACAGUGUUGGUGUUUUGUAACACCAAGAAGAAUGGUGGCUUCUCCUUCUUCUUCUUCAUCUCAAUGUCAUGGUUGGGCAUGGCCAUUAUGGUGGUGCUGCUUUCUUCUUCGACAAGCGCAGCGGUGGUUAGUUAUGACCACAGGGCCCUCCUCCUCGAUUCUCAACGCCGACUUCUCAUUUCGGGCUCCAUACAUUACCCACGCAGCACUCCAGAGAUGUGGGCGGACCUCAUUCAGAAAUCAAAGGAAGGGGGCCUCGACAUCAUCGAGACCUAUGUUUUCUGGAACGUCCACGAACCAGUCCAGAAUCAGUACAACUUCGAAGGAAGGUAUGAUUUGGUAAAGUUUGUGAAGAUGGUGCAGGCUGCUGGUCUUUAUGUUCAUCUUCGUAUCGGUCCUUAUGUUUGCGCAGAGUGGAACUACGGAGGAUUCCCUCUGUGGUUGCAUUUUAUGCCCGGCAUUAAGUUCAGAACGGAUAACGAGCCUUUCGAGAGCGCAAUGCAGAAGUUUACUGCAAAGGUGGUGGAUAUAAUGAAGGAGGCUCAGCUUUUUGCCUCCCAAGGGGGACCUAUCAUUCUUGCUCAGAUUGAGAAUGAGUAUGGCAACAUUGAUUCGGCCUAUGGUUCGGCUGCCAAGUCAUAUAUCAAUUGGGCGGCAUCUAUGGCUACAUCUUUAAAUACUGGGGUACCAUGGGUUAUGUGCCAGCAACCUGAUGCUCCUGAUCCUAUUAUCAAUACUUGCAACGGGUUUUACUGUGAUCAGUUUACACCAAACUCUGCUAAGAAACCCAAGAUGUGGACUGAGAAUUGGAGUGGGUGGUUUCUGUCCUUUGGAGGAGCUGUACCUCACAGACCUGUAGAGGACCUUGCAUUCGCUGUUGCACGGUUCUUUCAGAGAGGUGGCACUUUUCAGAAUUAUUACAUGUAUCAUGGUGGUACCAACUUUGGCCGUACUUCAGGGGGGCCUUUUAUCGCCACUAGCUAUGAUUAUGAUGCUCCAAUUGAUGAAUAUGGACUUGUAAGACAGCCCAAGUGGGGCCACCUAAGAGAUCUGCACAAGUCCAUAAAGCUUUGUGAAGAAGUGUUGACUGGUACUGAUCCAGUGCUUACUUCUCUUGGUCCAAACUUGGAGGCACAUGUAUACAGACUAGGAUCAGGAAAAUGCGCUGCUUUUCUUGCAAAUGUGGGUACCCAGUCAGAUGCAAUGGUAACAUUCAACGGCAACUCAUAUCAUUUGCCUGCUUGGUCUGUGAGCAUCCUUCCGGACUGCAAGAAUGCGGUAUUCAACACUGCUAAGAUUACAUCACAGGCCAAUCAUUUUGAGAUGGAAUGGCUAAAGCCAGCAUUCAAGCUGCAAAGCUCGCAACAAGUAGGAGAUUCUUUAAAUGUGCUGCAGUCAGAUUGGAGCUGGGUAAUUGAACCUGUGGGUAUUUCAAUGAGUACUGCAUUUACAAAAUUGGGAUUGCUAGAGCAGAUAAAUACAACUGCAGAUGAGAGUGAUUACUUAUGGUAUUCAAUAAGCAUGGAUGUUGACAAGGAUGAACCAUUCCUUUCUAAUGGUAGUCAAGUGUCUCUUCAUGUGUCAUCACUGGGUCAUGUCCUUCAUGCCUUUAUCAAUGGGGAAUUUGCAGGGCGUGCAAUUGGGAACAAUGGGAAUGUAAAGGUCACAAUGGAUAAACCAAUUACAAUGAGAGCAGGACACAACACUAUUGAUCUUUUAAGUGUGACAGUAGGCCUGCAGAACUAUGGGGCAUUCUUUGAUACAUCGGGUGCGGGAAUCACUGGUCCAGUUACACUGAAAGGCUUCAAAAGUGGUACCGUGGAUUUAUCCUCAAAGCAGUGGACUUAUCAGAUUGGAUUGAAAGGUGAGCAGUCGAGCCUUUAUGGAAGUGAAGGUACAAAUGAUGCUCCAUGGGUUUCCGGCUCCGAACUACCCAAGAACCGACCUAUGAUAUGGUACAAGACAAACUUUGAUGCACCAGAUGGUAGUGACCCCGUUGCCCUCGACCUUACGGGGCUGGGAAAGGGUCAGGCUUGGGUGAAUGGGCAGAGCAUUGGACGCUAUUGGCCAACUUAUAUUGCUCCUCAGAGUGGUUGCUCCGACACGUGCAAUUAUCAAGGAAGUUACACAUCAAGCAAAUGCCAGAGGAAUUGUGGGAAGCCAUCACAGACUUUGUAUCAUGUGCCCCGAGCGUGGACUCAACCGAGUGGCAACACUCUAGUGUUGUUUGAGGAGAUAGGUGGUGACCCAAAUCAGAUAUCAUUCGCAAUGAGAUCUUUUGGGAGCAUGUGUGGGCAUGUGUCAGAGUUGCAUCCCGCCCCUGUGGAUGCUUGGGAUUCCCGCUCAGAAGCGAGGGCAAUGUCGGGACCAGAGCUCCGUUUGGAAUGCCCAUCCCCAGGCCAGGUCAUCUCGUCGAUCAAGUUUGCCAGUUUUGGUACACCUCAAGGAGCAUGCGGGAGUUUCAGACAGAGCAAAUGCAGUAGUAACACUGCUCUAUCUAUUGUCCAAGAAGCUUGUAUUGGAUUGAGGAAUUGCUCUCUUAGUGUUUCAAUCAAGAAAUUUGGAGAUCCAUGCAAAGGGGUGACCAAGAGCUUAGCAAUUGAAGCUGUCUGCAAAUAAGCAGGUGGUCUAUGUACGCAAAGUAAUAAAGCAAGCUAAAUUGCUUAGAAGUACUAAUAAAAGUCAGACACUGUAAAUUCUGACCUACUCGCCGCAUAAUAGUGAUGGGGAAUGCCCAUGCUGUGGUGGAGAAAGUGUCUCAUGUUGUAAAUUCUGAGUUUCUAUCGACCCACUUUCUUUCCUUCUUUAGUGAACCGUAUCAGAUAUAAGCCACACAAACAUUUAUGGUGGUGGCCAUGGUGAUGCCUGGGCAAAUGAGAAUUUUUCUUGACACAGAGAAGGUAACCACCUAAAUUCUUCUGGUUUCUAUGAUUACAAAAAUAGCAAAGAUGAUGAAUAUCAUUGGGAAAUUUGUAUUA